AUGGAACUUCAGCCACAGGCCACUAAUACCAGGAAGAAACUGAACAACAGUAAGGAGUGUGAAGCUAUUUUUCACAGUGGAAAAGGUCAUCACAGCUGGGGAGAAGGCAAGAAAGCCUCCAGCCACACAGAAAUACUUAUUCAGGAUGAGAGAGUCCUCACUACUGAAGGGUUUUGUGAGUUCAGAGAAUGUGGGAAAGCCUUCACCCAAAGAACUAACCUUAUUCAGCAUGAGCAAGUUCACACUGGAGAAAGACCUUAUGAAUGCAGCCAUUGUGGAAAAUUUUUUAGCCACAAAUCCCAUUUCCUUACACAUCAGAGAGUUAACUGUGGAGGAAUGCUCUAUCAUUGCAGUGAAUGUGGGAAAUCCUUUAGCCUAAGGAAGUACCUCAGAGCACAUAGGAAAACCCACAGUGGAGGAAAGCCUUAUGAAUGCAAGGAAUGUGCUAAAUCUUUCAUCCAAAAGUGGAACUUAAUUGAACAUCAGAGAGUUCACACUGGAGAAAAACCUUAUCAAUGCGCCCAAUGUGGACAAUUUUUUGCCCGCAAAUCCAAUUUCCUUGCACAUCAGAGAGUUCACACUGGAGAAAAGCCUUACGAGUGCAGUGAAAGUGGGAAAUCUCUUACUACUAGUUCUGGCCUCUAUUAUCAUCAGAGAAUUCACAGUGGAGAAAGACCUUUUGAGUGCAGUGAACGUGGGAAAUUCUUUAGCCGAAAUGAACAACUCAGUGUCCAUAUGAAUGUUCACACUGGAGAAAAGCCUUAUGAGUGCAAUAAAUGUGGAAAAUCGUUUACGAGUAGGUCGAACCUUUGUAAUCAUUGGAGAGUUCACAGUGGAGUGAGGCCUUUCGAGUGCAGUGAAUGUGGGAAAUUCUUUAACCAAAAGGCACACCUCAAUGCCCAUAAGAAAUUUCACACUGGAGAACAGGUUUAUGAGUGCAAUAAAUCUCUAGCCUUCUUCGUCAUCAGAGAGUUCACAGUGGAGAAAGGCUUUAUGAGUGCAGUGAAUGUGGGCAGUCUUUUACUAGUUGAUCCUCUCUCUGUGAUCAUCACAGAGUUCACACUGGAGAAAGACCUUAUGGGUGCACUGAAUGUGGGAAAGCCUUUAAGCAAAGACAGCUCCUCCGCAUCCAUAGGAAAAUCCACACUGGAGAAAAGCCUUUUGAGUGCAAGGAAUGUGGUAAAUCUUUCACCCAAAGGUGCCACUUGA